CUACAGACGAUCAUCGACAUUGUUCGGUAUCGAUCACAACGCUACCGCAAUGUAACAUACGCAUACGUACGUAACUCUCUAACCUCAGCUGCUCACUCGAGCUACGUCAAAUCUACACUCGACUCGCAAUGUCUGAUCAGCGACAGCGCAUCAUCGACUCUGUAUUCACAAAAAAUGGGAAGAUGGGCUGGGAAGGCUGUAAUUUAUACGCGCACACCCACACCUGGCCAUAAUAAGCGGCAAGUCUGUGACCAUGCGGGCAAUUGAAAACUCAGUUGGCUGGACUUCGCCUUCGACUUUUCGACUUUUCGAGCAGAGGGGAACGGUAUCUUCGCAUGGAGAUCGACUCUGGUCUGGAUCGCCUUCAAGAACAACUGCGAUCGAUUUUAACGGACAAAACAAAGCUUAAUGAUUUUUUGGCGCAGAAAGGGCAACCUGCUCAAGCAUGGCUGGAUCGCAUGCAGCAGCUAGUGGACUAUCCGAAUGCUUCAUCUGAACUGAGAUCCUCAAUUUUUACCAUUAUGCUUCGUCUCUCGAAAAACUCUGGACUACAUCCGAAGUGCCUCAUGAUACAGAACGUGCAGAAAAUGGGUGAUUAUCCUAUUGCUGCUGGAGGAUUCGGAGAUGUUUGGAAGGGUGUCAUCGGGAACUCGACCGAGCCUGUGUGCCUAAAGAUAGUCAAGAUAUACCAGAAAUCCGAUGUCGAGAAGUUAUCCAGGGAGUAUAUACGUGAAGCGAUUGUAUGGCGUCAAAUGAAGCAUCCGAACCUACUGCCAUUUUUUGGCAUCUACUACCUCGAGCAAAAUCAACAGCUAUGUUUGAUUUCACCGUGGAUGGAGAAAGGAAAUUUGAUCCAGUACUUGAAGUCGACACCUCGAAAGGAUGUAGAACAUUACACUCUGGUUCACGAUGUGACCGCCGGCCUACACUAUUUGCAUUUGAUGAAAUUUGUUCACGGGGAUCUGAAGGGGAUAAACGUUCUUAUUACGCGCUCUGGUCGAGCAUGCAUCGGAGAUUUUGGCUUGUCUCGUAUUGCAGAUACGCAUGGCCUACGUCUCACAACUUCAACGACUCGUCCCGUUGGCACAGCACGAUGGUUAGCACCUGAGCUACUCAGUGGGAGUGGCACUUCGAAGGAGAGCGAUAUGUACGCUUACGGGUGUGUUUGUUUUGAGAUCUUCACAGGAUCGCACCCAUUCCCUGAAAUUGCCAACGAGAUGGCAGUCGCGUUCAAUGUCGCCCAAGGCAAACGUAUGACACGCCCUCAACGUAUUGCCGAACUCAGUGAUGAUAUGUGGGCUAUUAUGGAGUCGUGUUGGAAUCCCGAUCCGUCUGCCAGACCAAGUGCAGAAGAUGUACUUUCCAAGGUCAAGCCCCUUGCACCGAUCUCGACACCUGCAGGGUCAGAAUGGAGUGGCUUUUUACCCACUGAAAUCUGGAACAAUGUCGAACAUCAGGUAGUGCACAGAGUCUUUACCCAAGAUGACUCUCUGUUACUGAAUCGCAGACGCAGGAUGAGUGAUGAAAGGGAGCCGGAUUUAUACCUCACGGUGAAGGUUAUAACGGACGAAACAUUUGCGAACCACGAAGGUUUUGACCUUGCAUUCCUUGAAGAGAAGACCUGGGAUGCAUCAGAAUUACCCAAUUUCCGUGUGUUGAAGACGGAACACUACAGCGUUGUCAAGAGCCGCGUCACGGAAUAUUUUAACUUGGCGGAAGAGAAGAUCCGUUUAUGGGUGCUGAAACGUCGGCAGAAUGGGACUAUUCGCCCGCACACGUAUAUUUCUAAUGAGACCGAACCUUCCAUGACUGUUGACGAUAUUCGAGUUUCCAUGGCUGGUAAAAACGACAAUCAUUUUGCUCUAUACCUGGACGUCAUUCCAGACACCUCCGAGAGUGUGCCCCCGACAGAUUCGGUAAUGGUAUUCUUGAAGCAUUUUGACGCGCUUCAACAGACCUUGCGUGGCGUUGGGAAGGUGUACAUGUCCAAAGGCAGCACAAUAUCUGAUGUUCUGCCUGUAAUACGCGAAAAAAUGCGGUGGACCGACUCGGAACUGACUUUAGUCAAGGAGGUUGCACCCGAAAGGACCUAUCUUCUAAUAGAUUUAUCAGACUCGUUCCGGAGUUAUGAAGACGGUGAUGUGAUUUGCUUCCAGAAGGAUCUAGAAGAAUCAACGGUUAGCGAUCUCGGAGAUCGGGGAUUCUAUUUGCGUGCAAUGGAAUUUUAUAAUUUCCUUUUCAACCGCGUCAGGAUAAUCUUCCGACCGUUGAUGGAGGAAAUAGAUCAGGGAGAUCCUGAGUUUAGCCUCGUGCUGGACAGAAGGGCCAAUUGCAACGGGAUUGGAUACAAAGUGGGAGAGUACCUUGGGCAUGAUCCUUUCAAACUUCGUUUCACGACAACGCAUGGUCAGAAUCCUAAACGAAAGCCAAUCAGACAUGCUCUUAGUGAGAACGUUGAAGAGAUCAUCACUCCUUACGACGACAAUGCUCCUGUGGUCCUCCUCUACGAGAAGCUAGACGUCAGUGUUUUCGAGUUGGAGGCCAAGCGCCAUCUCGACGUCAUAUGGACAGGUAUCGACAAUAGUGAACACCAGAUGCAUUCCUUCCUUCUGCCGAGGAGGUUUCGAGUGAAUGAUGUGGUCGACACGCUCAUAAGGGAAGUAACGCCCGGCAGCAAGGGUGUGAUACGUAUCUUCCAGGUUAUGUCGCAGGAUGAUGGUGCAACAAUACGGAAGGAGUUUACGGGCGGUGAAGCGAUUGACGAAAUACCUGAAUCAGUAGAUCUUUACGCUGAGGAGAUACCUGAAGAGAUAAAUGCAAGAAUGUCUGGGUAGUUACAUGCAAGGCGAGUUCGUAAGGCUACAUACAAGUCAACCAACUAGAGAAUACGAUGUUACAAAUUUCUAGUGAUGUUCGAGAUAAGAACCUCACAUCCAUAC